UCUGGAGGGGACAAUUGUUUUUGGGAAAGCUUUUCAGAUAGGGUCAGGCCUUGAGUCACACAUCAGUGAUGGGACCAGGAGGACGUCUUCAAAUGGCUCUGUGGAGGAUGAAACUUCUUAUCAAGCAGACUCUGUCGGCUGGGAAAAAGGGUAUAUGCAUGAUAUUAGUUCUGGAGAAGCAGAAUGGAAGCACUUGUCACCUACCCUGCAGUGUCUGAAGGAUCAGAUGAAGUUUAGAGUUGUUGGUCCAGCAGUUUCACACCUUUUGUUGGAACGAGGAUAUAGGUCACCACUACCACUGUCCCACAUCCCUCCGAGCUGUGGCUACAAAGUGCAGAAGAACUCCAUGGCACUUCAUAUGUUGGUCCCUUAUAAUGGCUGCAACGUGUAUCAAAAGGGUGGAAGUUAUGUGGUGCCACUGAGCUUCAAAGGAUAUCCAAUCUCCCUCGUGUGUCCCAAACCUGCUCAUACAACUCCUGCCCCACAUUACACUGUACCUGCUCACCUUGCAAAACACCCCAACCUCAAAUUCCCCCCCUUCUAUUUGUUUCCAUAUCCAAAGUACCCAGUUCUACCAGACCAUGCACACAAGCCAGAAUUGCCCAAAUACCCACUAUACCACCAUUUGCUUCCCCAUCAUUACUACCUGCCUGACCCUCCAAAAACUACUUUGCCAAGCACUGAAAGUGAGCAUCACUAUGCUCAUUCCCAUUUGUUUGCUUUACCCCUCUAUCAACAUGUCCCUCCACAUUAUCUCUGGCAUUACCAUGAGUCUGACCAUACUGACACAACCAAACCACAGGUGCCCUAUCAUCAUGUGCUGCCUUAUGUUUCUCCCUUUCACCAUCCACAGUAUCCAAAACAUCCUGUGCCAUAUGUGACCGCACCAACGACCACCACGGUGACUCCUCAUAGCCAUCCACACUAUCCUCCUCAUAGCCAUCCACACUAUCUUCUACACCAUCUUCCACACUAUCCUCCUCAUGGCCAUCCACACUUUCCUCCACAUGGUCACAAACACCAUUUACAUGGCGACCACAUUCAAUUGGAGCAAAUCCCCCUUCCUUAAUGCUCGUCUGAUGAAAUGGUUUAAAGAAGAUAAGUGACCAUGUCAGGUGAAGUUCUUCAAGUUUAGCUGUUAAAAACAGAUGUUGGCACUUUUGACUUUACAAAGCAAUGAAGGUGACUGUAGCAGAGGUAAAUGAUCUACAUGAGGCAAUAUUCUGUUCUCAAACUAAAAUAAAGUACAAUUUUAAAGUGA